AUGGGCAAAUUAAACUAUGACAAGUGGAGCAAAUUAGAGCUUAGUGACGACUCUGAUAUUGAAGGCCACCCAAACGUUGAUCACGCCUCACUCGUCCGAUGGAAGCAACGAGACAUUCACGAAAAGCGGGAGCAGCGUAAAUUCAAGAUUGCACAGUAUGAACAGGAGCUCAAGAACAAUGAUGCCCUCUACCCACGUCUCGUCUCCAUCACAGAAGCUGUCAAGCAAGGUGGCCCCCCUGCGUAUUCGUCGACAGUAGAACGACUGAAGUCGUCGCCAUCCCCGGAGGCACCGGGCCCAGGCCAGAAGAAGUAUGACGAAAUGAUUCUCGACGCUUUGAUGAGCGUGUGGGAAGAGUGCAAGAAAGAAGGACUUGAUGGGAAAGAUGACAAGUUAGGAGACGUUUUGGUGGCAAAAUUGGAAGAUCAGAAGAAGCAGCUGCUCGCACGGCAAGAGUUUCUGAAGGAAGAGAUUGAGAAAGAGAAAGAGGAGCAGCAUAAAAAGAUUACGAGCGAGGAUAUCCAUGAGGGGUUCUCGUCGAGCUCAGUCAACAAGGCCAAGGAUCCAGAGCCAAUCAGCUCGUCGCUCUCCAAACCCAAGUCUUCGACAAAACAAAAGACGACGACGAUUGAAACACUCAACGCCCCCUCUUCGGCCAGCCAACCGACGGAGAAACCGCCGACAGGUGGUGAUGAUGCCGACGACGAAGACGAAGAUGUCGACUUGCCGAAACUCACCCCAGAGCUGCUUGCAUUCUCCAAGAUUAAACGCGGCAAUUUCGAAGAAUCGUAUCGAUAUUUGCAAAACCAUCGAGGUGUCUACGUUGAAGGUGCAGAUGAUGCACUCCUGGUGGCAGCAUUUGAUGCGGAGAGCAACGGACAGAGUCUCUACGCGAAGAACUGCGUCAACCAAGCACUGCUGAUCCAGUAUUGCCAAAAACUCGGGGCAGAUGGGCCAGCACUCUUCUUCAAGCGUGCAAUGCAAGGCCAUGCGGCGGCAUUAUCCGUGUUCAACAAGGAUGUCGAAGACACUUAUGCACAUCUCAAGCGGCGAGUAGAGGCGACGCGCGAAGAAAUGGCAGCAGGCGAACGCGAGCAAGUACAGCUCGUUGCCUCGGACCCGAGCAUGACCAUUUCAUUUUCCGUACCAGACGGUCCGCCACCCGAAGAACUCGUGCUCGACGAUUCGAUCAAGGAUAUGGAUAUUGAACAAGUCCGCCGUGCUUUACAAGCCCGGUGGGAUAUCUUCAACGCAUUCGAUCCCAAGUUGCAAGCUGCGCUGAAAGAGGGAAGCCUGGAGCGGGUGAACAAGGUGCUCGCCAAGAUGGAUGUAGCUCAGGCGGAAGAAGUGGUGAGAUUGUUAAGCGACAGUGGGAUCAUGGACGUAGCAGACGGUGGCGAGGUGCGAGACAUGACGGGCAAGCAAGCAGAAACAGAAACAGCAUAA